AUGGCGGCUCGAAGAGCUCGUAGUCAGAAUCGUGAUACGGCCAAGGAUAUCAUUCUUGGACUUGCCCCUUCCGGACAGGGCCCCAGGCAACCAAAAGAAGGUGUGGCAUAUGCUCCAAAGACAGAGGAACCAAAAGUGGAACGUGUCGAACGGGUGAUUGUCGACCGACGCCCGGACAGUUCGGCGAUACGACAGCUACAGAAUCAGCUGGAAGAGGUGAAGCGUCAGAAUAGAACUUUGCUGGAGAAUGAGCAGGCAGCUAGGAAGCGACUAGAAGCGAAUCAAGAUGCGCUACAAAGGAGGAUGUUUGAUGCAGACAACGGAAUGAGAGCGCGAGACUACGACGAACUACGUCGUCAGAUUUCGUCGGUGGAUGGCAAGAUGAUGUCCUUGAACAACGACAUCAACGGGUUGAGGAGUGCUAUGGACCGACAGAUGAGCGAUCUUCUACAUAUAAACAAUGAAAUGAAAAGCAGACCCGUGGUAGAUCCUUCUAAAAUUGCGAGUUCUGCCCAACAAAUGGACGGAAAAGUACGAGAUCUACACUCUCAAGUGAUGUUGUUGAAGCAAACUCUGGAUACCGAAAGGCAUGAACGUGUCAAGGAAGGAAAUGCCUUGAACAGCACUCUUCAAAGAUUACAAGACUAUAUAAAGCAGCAAGAUGCCUCAAGAGCUGAGGUUCUAAACAACAUAACUCGCAAGGGUGAUCUGGAUAAGGAGAAGCUAACAGAAGAGGCAAGACGUCUGAAUGAGAAAAUUGGCCUCAUCACUGCAGAAGUGACGAGAAAUACUUCAGAAAGUCAGAGAAAGUUACGUGAUGAUCUCUUCCAAAAGUGUGCGGCGUUAGAAGCGGCACUCAAAGCCCAAAAUGAGAAAAGCAGCGACAAUCAACGCGAUCUCAGGCGAGCACUAGAAGAACGCCUUCGCUCCCAGGAAGAGCAUACGGAGACACUCAAUAAGCAAUUACUGACCGACCGUGCGAAGCAGAAAGAGCGUUUCCAAAAAGUUAAUGAGGCACUCGCGGCUCUCGAGCAUCAUUUAGAACUUGGGAAUAACAAAAUGGAUACGAUCAUCAAUUCUGAAAUACAGACAAGGAAAGUGCAUGAGAAAGGUCUUCUCACGAAAAUAACAGAAGUGGAAGACAAACUCAAUUCUUACCUUGGAAACUUGACGAAAUCAAUCGAUGAAGUAAAGGCAGGAAAAGAAAGCGUUAAGAUCCCUUCACUUGAUGUGGAUGCUUUACGUCGCGAAAUGGAGGCAAUUGCUGCGGACAAGAAUAAGCUCAGCAUGGAGGGACUAUUGAAGCUUGAGGAAAAAAUGACACGAGUUCAGACUGGUCUCUCACACGACCGUCGCGAAAUAUCUCAGCAGAUAGCUAGACUUGAAGACAGCGACGAUGUGAACAAGUUGCAGGAACAACUGAAUAGAUUAGGAAGCGUUCACGGGGACAUGGAAAAAGCUCAGGAAAAAAUCAGAGAUAAGGUGGAAAAACAAAUACCGAAAGACUUAAACGAGCUUUCCGCGAAAGCUGACAAUAUUCGACAUCAGUUAAAUGCUCGUCUCGAUAAGGAGGAGGAGGAAAGAUUUCUCGCAAUCAAGGAGCUCCAAGAAGCUUUCCAAAAGCUUCAAAGCAAAAGUUCAAGUUUUCCUAGCAAUGAUCCACUGGGGCCUGGAAGUUCGGCUCAGAUCAAACGUGAUCUCGAUGAAUGCAAAGUAGCUAUCAAAAAACUAGCCGAGUCCGUAACCACCGUCAAGAAUGUGCUUGACAAGAAGAUUAGCGAUGAAAGCAAGAAGAGGGAAGCCGAUAUCAAUCGACUAGCACGUUCGGUAAAUUCCUAG